GCUACACACUCGCCUGUCAGUCGGUUCGGCACGCUGACGGCAGCGCGAACGCGACGAGCGCGUUUAUUACAUCAGUCCAGCACCAACGACACGAGUGCGAGUUUAUUUUCGUUGGUCCCGUCCGGUCGCUGCGAUUCCACAGCCAGCGUUGCGCGUCGACGGCGUGCGCCCGAAUGCUGAUCGCCCCGCAAAUUGUGCUUUAUUUAGUCACGCGAACGCGUCGAUGUUCGUGCGUGCGCGGCCGCCGCGAGUGUGAAAUGUGAAAAUAAUGAAAAUCGUUGGGGAUCAAUGUGGAUAUAACGCCGAAGUGCUCUCGCCCGCCGCCCGCACCGCCACGGAGGACCGCCGGUCUAUCGGAUAAUCGUCGAUCAGAUGUAGCAGAGGCUUCCGUUCAACACUAUGACGAAUAAGCCAGCGUCUUCCAGCCCACGUACGCAACGAUCAAGUCUAGCUAAAAUAGCGCCGUAUCCUUUUAGCACCAAUUGUAGUCAAACGAAGAGGCGACCAUUAUGAAUCGCAAGUCGAGCAGCCUUCAUGUGCACGACGGCGUCUUUGACCGGAACUCACCGCGCCCACCGGUCCCUGGCGAGGAGCGCACUCAUUGCGUCUCCGACUGCACGUUACCAAUGGAGUAUCCCUAUUCGUACAAACCCCGUCGAAAAUCAUCUAGUUUAAAUGAAUACACCGGUGAUAGUAAAUCGGUGACAUCGUUGACGUCGGCGUCGUCUUCUCAGCGCCCGCAGUCGGAAAACACAUCUCCGCCGGCAUGCCUACGCUGGGCGGUGUCACUGCACUGUCUGCUGGAAGACCCGGAUGGCGUUAUGCUAUUCAAGCGUUUCCUGCAGGCCGAGGGCAACGCGGACGCGCUCGACUUCUGGUUAGCCUGCGAAGGCCUUCGCAAGCGGAGUCAGCCUGAUCCAGCCUGCGAGGGUCUACUCAAGCAGAGUGAACCCGAUCGUGUAGUCAAAGUUAUUUACAAACGUUACUUCCUGAAAUCGUCACUUCCAAUCUCCGAAGACAUCAAACGCGAAGUCGGUCGCUGUCUGAAAUCUUCUGAAGACUUCAAGCAAUUUCUAACGCUGUUUGACGCGGCGCAGUCGCAGGUGGAGAAUCUGAUCAACAACACGACGUAUCCAAUCUUCCUCAAGAGCGAACUUUACCUGCAAUACAUUCAGUCCGUUCAAAAUCCAGCGGGUAGCAGCGGCGAUUUCAGUAGCGAAUCGUCAUCUUCCAGCAGCUCGGCCAGUAACAAAGAUCUAACGUCGUUGGCAUGUGGCGGUAACCCCUUGCCUAUCAUCCACGAAGAUAAGGAAUUUCAUAAUGCGUCGUUGUUUGGCGCACUGCAUCAAUGCCAGAACGCGCCACUUCCUGGCUACCAAUCGCCGUCGAUUGCCCAUGGUCCGAUGCGUCUCACGCGAAAUAUGCUGCUUGCGACGCAGAAAAAUCGUGCGAUGGACGUGCGCCCUCAAACGGAGACGUUUGCGGCCGAUAUGUAUAGAGGGUCCGGCGGGCUGCACCUGUAUAAUUCGUAUAAUCCUGUGUCGCGGCAAGAUAGCGAGAAGCAGUCGAUCAGUUCACAUUCGGAUGCACGCACGGAAUCCGACAAUAUGUCGCUUACAGAUAGCUCGAUUGAUGGAAGAUCUUUGCACCGUUCGACACGUCGCAAAAGUGCGUCAAUCGAGGCACGUAUGGUGCGCGAAAGCGCUGCUAUAAACAAAGAGACGCACAUGCAUCAAGCAGUCAUCCCUCGUACGCAGCGCGUUGAUAAGCAGCAGGUGAAACCGCUGAUGCCAGACGAAUUUGCCGCCAUCCUCAUACAAAAACUGGAAACUCUGAAGCGUAGUCAAGACAAACACGAACUCUUGGAACGUAAGCUCUCUGAAAGCGAUUCGUUGACGUCGCUCAACGAAAAAUGCCGUGCAACCAACGAAUUGCAAAGUCGCGAGUUGGCAAACGCAAUCCGCGAGCUUGAGGAUGACAACUGUCAGCAGAUCUUAGACGAUCACGUCUCGAUCGUCUUCUCUGAUAACACAUCACACGCACUUUCGCCAGGUGUAACGAGUCCGCGUCCUCACUCGCCGCGCAAGUAUCAGUCGGUGCGAGUGCGUCGCAAGGACAAAGACGGUUUCUCGACGUUCAGUGGAGACUCAGGCAACGUACACGAUUUCGGCGAGGAGCAUAAGAUGGUGAAGUCGAAGAGUAUGCCCGAGUAUCCCGAGGAGCGCUUUGGGCGCGGUUGUGCCACGAGGCGUUCUUCAAAGAAAGCGCCCACUGAGUUUACCGAUAGCGGUGUCUCAGUGGUAUCUGACACGCCACCCGACAGUCGCGUACGCCUCUGGCUGGAGGAGUCCGAGCGCGGCAGUCGUACCAGCAGCUACACUCACACCGAAAUGUCUGGUUCAAAACACAGUCGGCAUAGAAGCACAACAAGCUCCACCUUACCUUCUAGUGCUAGCAGCAGGCAUCGUAAAAAUUACGGGUCGCGAUCAAAUAGUCUGGAGCGAAGUGGUGCGUCGAGCACGUUGUGUCCUGCGCAGCCGUUCGUCGCCGAUCCCAGCAUGCCGCCACUACCUCAACCCAACACUACUAUUCAGCUUGAAGAAGCCAUCAGGAGAUUGAAUGAAGGCAAAGAUGAAGAUCUCAGAACGCGUUCGAAACAAAGUAGAACACCGUGUAAACAUUAUACAACUGUGGUGUUCUCGUUCUGCGAGGAGCAAUUUCCAUACCGCAUCAAAAUUCCCGGUAAGCAGGUGACACUCAAGCAGUUCAAGGAGUUCCUGCCGAAGAAGGGCAACUAUCGGUACUUCUUCAAGACGGAGUGCGAGGAGUUGGACAACCAGGUCAUCCAGGAGGAGGUCAGCAGCGACGCAGACGUGCUUCCACUCUGGGAGGGCAGGAUUAGUGCGCAGGUCAAAACAAUCGACUGAUUUAGUUCUUAAUUUAAUUAAUAAUUUAAUAAUAAUGAUGGACAGACAUAUUUACAAACACUACGAAUUAGAGCCCGACGCGGACGAUGCUAUUGUUUGAAAGUCUUACGAUUUACGGGCAGGACUCUGAAUAGACUUUUUUUUAUUUAUUUUACAUUGUAACACAAUCACGAAGGGCACGACGAAGUGCAACCAAGGUUUCAUAUUGGUUGGCAUAUGUAAUGGACGCCGACGCGUUCGACGAGCGAAAAUAAUGUAAAUAACCUGUACUUAAUCAGGAAAUCAGGUGGAAAAGUGCCUUCGCUAAGUAAUCACACAAUACACGUUGACAGUUUCAUGAACAAACACAUUCGAGACGCGACCUUCCCCUUUAUCACCACGAAAACAGUUCUUGUUGGCCGAGAAUGAAGUAAUAAGUAGCUAGAUAAUACAAACGAGCCUUGUGUAAAAAUAUUCUUUAUUUAAUUAUUUAUGAAUUUAUGUGAAUUGUGUAGAUAUAUACAUAUUUUUAUAUGCCUAUAUUGUAAUCGAUAGUAGUUGCAGUAUUUUUUACUUAAAAAUUGGGUGCCAUGAACACGAUACGAUUUCGAUUCAACGAAGAAGCGAAAUUAUUUAUACGAAUCUUACAGCGAAAAGAAUCGAGCAUUUUUUUCUACAAUGCUGUGUCGUACUGUACGUACAUAUAUACGAUCAAGUUGCAGCACUAAAAUUUCUUAGUCGAUUCAGUCGUUGCCGCUGGAAUGCCUUUUCAUGUGACAAUUAUAAAAGUGGCCUAACGCGUUUUACGGUUUUCUUAUAGUAAGGAAACGUGCACUUUGAAUACAAAUCGGCCUCGAACCCAGCGAAUUUCUGCUAGUUAUUAACCGAUUUCAUUAUUAUCAAUGAAAAUUGCUACACUGGAGCACAGUACAUUUGAUCUUCCCAACUUCGACAUGCAAUCGGAUCAAAUUAUGUGAACGCAAUUGGAGGAAUAACGAUUUAAAGUUGUAAAUAAAGAUAUUAAACAUU